UGACUAUAUUCCUGUUUAAAAUUGCUUUUGAUCCAUGUGCUUACCAUACUUAAGYGUGCAUUGGGGACCAAGAUAUAGUUGUUUGAGUGAGUUGACCCUUGGUUAACUCUCUAGUACGUGUAUUUUGUAUGGUGCGCCAAUUCUGGGCCACCAAAUUACAGUACUACCGGUACAGCAGGGCAUGUGCAARCAAAACUAUCUGGUUGGGAUUCAAAAUUCAGCACAUGCCCUGCUGUACUGGUAGUACAAGUCAAAUUUUUGAUCACAUGAGUCAUUACAUGGCAAUUAGAUGGCCCAAAAUGUACAACUACUAGUUCAUUCAUUUGGAAGCCAACUCUAUAUGAUAUCACAGGUGAAGAGCUUACAAUGCACAUAACUCUUUCUUGGAAGAUUGUAAAGCCCAGGCUAAAAACAGAGCCUGUCCUAACUUUUCAAGAAGCUACAAGGACAUGAACCCAUCAAUUUUCACAAUUGAGAGGAGUAUCUGGUCAGUGAAGGACCAGAGCAGAUUGAAGCAGGAGGAGGAAUUGGCAGUAAUGCCAAACAUAGCUUGSAAGUUGUUGGGUGAUGAUACAGAGGAAUGACCUCCUCCUCCUCUACCCAAUAGACUUCACCUGGAGGAGGUUCAAUUCCAGGUCCUUCCUGUGUUGUUGCAAGGGAAGAAACAUUCUUGGAUGACUGCGCUGAUAAGGUGGAAGGGUUCAGCAAAUGUUGUCACUAUUCUAUAGGAUGGYGAGGAAGAAGGAGACAAAAGUGACAAUUUUGCACAUCAACCUUCUUUUCCCUACUAUCUUUGCMAAUUUUUGACACUGUUAGCCAAAGAAUUUGUCCACCCAAAGAGGACAAGAUCCAUCCUAACAGCAUCUGCUAAUGGAAGUAUUGUUCAUGAUUACCUUCAACAAGAAGAACACACCAGCAAAAGGUUUGCUGGUUGUUGUUGGGUCUUUCUAUUGCCUUGAGCCUACUAGUGUUCCAAAGAGUGAGACCCAACAAUAGUCGACAGCAAUGACAUCAACUCURGCUUCUUGGAGGUUGGGGUGAUGUUGAUGCAUAGUUUGGAGGACAUUAUACUAGUACAGCUUCCCCCAGCCUCUGCCCAGUGUAGUAGUACUUUACCUUACUAGGAACAAGGGGUAACUCCAUCACAUCCUUCCCAUGCURCAACUGCAAGAAAAGCAUUGCUGGGUGGUUCUUGUUCUUAUGUUGAGAAGGUGAAAGRUCUUUAUUGUUUUUGUUCUUCUUGUUUGACCAAACAUCCCUUCAGCAGGUAAUAGUAAAUCAUAAGUCCAACCAUUUGUACUACUACGCCUUUGAAAGAUUGGAUGACAGAAGSCAACAAAGCUACUGGUGAUGCUGAUGGACAGGUAGUAGUAAAGAAGACAAAUAUCCUCAAGCUWUGUGAAAGCAUCAGUCCAAACAAAAGAAGGAAGCUUGUUCUAGAGUCAGCAGUGAAAGACCACCAAGGACAGAACUUGACUUUUGGUUAGUACUAGUAAUACUACUAUGGAAGUUGCAAUGCACAAAGAAGAACAUGACCCAUUCUUGGAAUAGUAACUUCAACCAUGAUUUAUUGUAAUGCAUUUCAAUGACUAAUGAAUGAUGGUAUUUGGUACUAUUUUUUAUUUGUAAAUUUUCUUCUAAUAUUGUUUUUGUAGUACUGGAUGGAAUACUAAGAAGUUGUCUCCUACUAGUACUAGUACUAGUAGUAGCUAGUAGUAGUGGAGUACUAGAAGAAAGAAAGGGGAAAAAAGUUUAUUUUGAGGCUUCAAGMAUUUGGCAACACAAGAAGGGAAAAUGGAUUUUAAAAAUUAAAAUUAAUUAAACACCUCAGAUAGCAUUCAAAACCAACAAAAGCUCUAAACACUGAAAUUAUGUGCCAGGAAUUUCCCAUCAACAUUUACUACACAAUCUAUGCAUGAUACAGUAAGCAGUUAACUUUUUCCCAGCAUUGUGUGUUGCCAAAUGUUGCCACCUGGAUUUUUUUUGCUACCACUACUACUACACUACUACUCCACUUAUCAGACCCCUCUCAUCACUACUAUAAACAAUGAUAUUGUCAUAGGAAUAUAUUUUAACAAAUAUAUAUACUACUAUAUUCAUUUCUUAUAACACAUCACUACACUUGAUGGUUGAAGUUACUCUAAUGCUCUUUACAUACAGCAACAUUGCAACUUCUGCAACAAUUCCUUGACAUUUUAAAACUAAUCCAUGGCAACUUCCUCAAUCUCCUCACUGAUGAGUUAGGRUACCUAUGCUUUGCUUCUUCUACACAGACAAUGCAAUAGUUCCUCUUUACUCCUUCAUACUUGCCACUACAUCUUUCUUUAUGUCGCUUUGACAUUACCUUUCCAUGAGCAAUGGUGCUGGUCUUCUUGUUCACACAGAAGAAACAAAUCCCACAAUUGCAAGGAUGAUAUUUUCCAUUCUUUGAAGUCUGAGGCAUCCACUCUGGCUUAGAACACUCAUCAUAUGGAGCUUUUCAGUCCAUUUCAAUACCUCUAUUCAUCAAUGGUCACAACUUUCAUUGUAGUGUAGAAGUUGUCCAUGAACAGUCAACAGCCAUUUUGUUGUCCAAGAUUGGAUUGGCGUACCACCAACUGCUGAAUAAUAUCCCAUGUAGACCCACUAAUAAUACCAGUGUAGAUCUCAAAUGCAAUUAAGUUCCCAGUGUCAGCAUCACACACACCAGAGUACACCCUAAUGUCAUGCUUGAUUGGCUUCUUGGGAAGAUACUGCUGGACAAAUUCAAUGGAUCUUCCUUUGUAAACAAUCAUAGACUCACCAACAGAUAGGUCAAUAUUUGCAUGCCACCCAAGACAAAGACGAUCAGCAAUUUUCUCCGUCACAGUACAGAUUUUGUAUAGUGUUAUCAGUACGAUUAGCUUUGCUUCUGUUGUCACCAAAAUGAAUAUCAUAUCAUUUAACAAAGCCGCAUCUGUUCUUGCUCAUUGUACUCCUGACCAUGGGAACAUACACACCACCAUCCUCAAGACAAGUCCAAAGAAUUUGGGGAGAUUGUUUUGAACCACCCAAACAUCCAUAGCAGAUGCAAAUACCAAGCCAGGCAAGGAUGAUGUAACCAGAAGUGAAGUUCCAUUGGUCUUUGACUGAAUGUAGAACACACUUUUGUUUGUUGGGAUUGGUGACAUCACAGAGCUUCAGCACCUUUGUCUUCUUUACCCUUCUUCCAUUAGCAUCAGCAGCUUCAACUUUUGUCACCCAAUCUUCAAAUGCAUACCGGUUGGACUCAUUUGCUACUAUCAUCUGAAGGAUUUUUCCAUCAAACAAGAACAAGAACAAACGCUCUAACUCCUCCACCUUAUUAGUGCAGCCAUCCAAUGAAUUGCUUACAGCACGGGCAUGACCUGGGGUGGUCACACCUCCUCCAAGUGAUGUAUCAUACUGGUGGACAUUGGGAGGAGGAUACCAAGGGACACCCAGCAUACUUUUUGAUGAUCAGAUAUGGAUCCAUGGUCAUCUUGGGAGGGGCUCCUACCUAGUACUAUGAGGGUGCAGGCCACCACUACUGUUGUCAGAUAGGUCUGCAUCAUUCUUAGGAGUAUGACCAUAGUGCAAACAAUUGCUGUCAACCAUCACACAGGCAGAAAAAGAAUCAUCAUCAUCCAUCUUAGAAAUAUGAUUAUUUUGAUGUUGGUAAGAAAUAGUAUGAUGGUUUGGUUUAUAGUAGUUUACAUUCUGGUAUGGAGUGUUCUAUAUUUUCUUUGUUGGAUAUUACAAGGAGAGAAAUGAAUGAGCAGAAAAGGUGUUUUAUAUAAAGUGAUUGUUUAAAACUCUUUUUGGUAUUUCAGUCUUAUUUUGUGUAGGAUUUGUACUGMAGUCUACACAAGUGAAAAUCAUGGAAACUCCAAAAAAAUUCCAAAAAAUGCACGAUUUGGGCGGAGACGGGAAAAAGUUAAGCUACUUUAUUUAGAUAUCAGUAGGCACAUGGCGUACACGGUUAUGAGGAGGCAUGUCGCUUAAAGUAUCUGGUUAUGAGUCGUUUCCUAACGUCCCAGUAGCUUAAAGUAUCUGGGCCCUCCGGAACCAACGCGCGCGUGUCCCCCCUUUGAAAUCUAAUAUCGGGGGUAUGAUUUCAUGUUUUUUUUUUCACAAAAAAUAACCCACGUUUCUAAAACGUGGGUUUUUUUUUUCCCAAACAAUAACCCACGUUUCUAAAACGUGUUUUUUUUUUUCCAAAAAAUAACCCAUGUUUUAAAACGUGGGUUGGGUUAACCCACAAAUAACCCACGAAUAACCCACGAAAUAACCCACGAAAUACCCACAAACCUGCUGGGCCUUUCCCAAAAUAUUAAAAACAGUGAUUAAAUAACGUUAAUGACUAAAAUGCUUAACACCAUUGGUUCUCCAUCAACCCAGAUGACUGUAAAUUCGUGGGUUAUUCGUGGGUUCUUUCAUGGGUUAUUUGUGGGUUCCUGGGUUCUUUCGUGGGUUAUUUUUCAAAUUAAAAAACCCACGUUUUAGAAACGUGGGUUAUUUUUCACCAAGAAUAACCCACGUUUUAGAAACACCAAAAAUAACCCACGUUUUUCUAGGGGAGGAAUUCGAAAAGGGGGAUGUGCGCGUGGGUACCGGAGGGCCCUGGUAGUGCGUCGUUUCGUAACGUCCCUGUUCAGAAGCAAAUCUUGUUUCCUCCUCAGUCAAAAUCCUCGUCAUCCCGUAAAAAGGAACGGUGUCAUCAAAAAUAUUUUCCGCGUUCUUCAAAAAGCCGAAAAUCCGGACCAAUCAAUAGAAAUGAGACCAAAUGCAUGAAGUCCGUUUUUGGUGAAUAUUUGAGUAAGCACUCAAUUGAAGGCACAAACUUUUGUUUAAUCAAAAUAUUGCAACGCAGCCGAAAUGAAAGACGACACAGCUGAACGGGAGCAAGUCAUCAAGCGCUUGAAAAUUGCGACUGCNCCAACUGCUGAAUAAUAUCCCAUGUAGACCCACUAAUAAUACCAGUGUAGAUCUCAAAUGCAAUUAAGUUCCCAGUGUCAGCAUCACACACACCACAGUACAGCCUAGAACUAAUGUCAUGCUUGAUUGGCUUCUUGGGAAGAUACUGGACAAAUUGAAUGGAUCUUCCUUUGUAAACAAUCAUAGACUCAUCAACAGAUACUAGGUCAAUAUUUGCAUGCCACCCAAGACAAAGACGAUCAGCAAUUUUCUCCAUCACAGUAGGGAUUUUGUAGACUGUUGUCAGUAUGAUUAGCUUGGCUUCUGUUGUCACCAAAUUGAAUAUAUCAUUUAACAAAGCUGCAUCUUUUCAUGCUCAUUGUAUUCCUGACCAUGGGAACAUACACACCACCAUCCUCAAGACAAGUCCAAAGAAUUUGGGGAGAUUCUUUUGAACCAACCAAACCUCCAUAGCAGAUGCAAAUACCAAGCCAGGCAAGGAUGUAACCAGAAGUGAAGGUCCAUUGGUCUUUGACUGAGUGCAGAACACGCUUUUGUUUGUUGAGAUUGGUGACAUCACAGAGCUUCAGCAUCUUUGUUGACUUCUUUACCCUGCCAUAAGCAUCAGCAGCUUCAACUUGUGUCACCCAAUCUUCAAAUACAUACCAGUUGGACUCAUUUGCUACUAUCAUCCAAAGAAUUUUUCAUCAAACAAGAACAAGAACAAAUGCUCCAACCCCUCCACCUUAUUAGUGCAGCCAUCCAAUGAAUUGCUUACAGCAUGGGUGAGAUCUGGGGUUGCACCUCCUCCAGGUGAUGAAUACUGGACAUUGGGAGGAGGAUACCAUUCCUCUGCAUCAUCACCCAGCUUCCAGCAAGCUUCAUUUGGUAUUACUGUCAAUUCCUCCUCCUACCUCAACCUGUUCUGCUCCCCCUUCACUGACCAGAUACUCUCAAUUGUCAAAAUCAAAAUUGAUUGCUUCAUAUCCUUGUACUUUGAAAAGUCAUCACAGGCUAUUACUUUUGCCUGGGCUUUACAAGAAUCUUCCAAAGAAUUAUGUGCAUUUGUAAGCUCUUCACUUGUGACAUGUUUACAGACAGUACUAGAGAGGAGACGUAGAUUUCCAAAGAAUUAUGUGCNGAGACGUAGAUUUCCAAAGAAUUAUGUGCAUUUGUAAGCUCUUCACUUGUGACAUGUUUAUAGACAGUAGAGAGACGUAGAUUUCCAAAGAAUUAUGUGCAUUUGUAAGCUCUUCACUCGUGACAUGUUUAUAGACAGUAGAGAGAAGCAGCAGAUUUGCUGGUGGAAGAAGCUUGGACUUGGACAGAUUCAAGGGACCACACCCAGCAUACUUUUUGAUGAUAGGAUAUGGGUCCAUGGUCAUCUUGGGAGGGGCUCCUACUAGUAGUACUGUGAGGGUGCAGGCCACCGCCACUGUUGUUAGAUAGGUUUGCAUCAUUAGUAGUAUGACCAUAGUACUACUACUACUAUGAACAACAAUUGUCAACCAUCAGAAAAAGAAUCAUCAUCAUCCAUCUUWGUAAUAUGAUUAUUUUAUGUUGGUAAAUUUGAUGGUUUGGCUUAUAGUUUAUAUUCUGGUAUGGAUUGUUUUAUAUUUUCUUGGUUGGAUAUUACAAGGAAAGAAAUGAAUGAGCAGAAAAGGUGUUUUAUACAAAGUAAUUGUUUAAAACUCUUUUUGGUAUUUCAGUCUUAUUUUGUGUAGGAUUUGUACUGCAGUCUACACAGGUGAAAAUCAUGGAAACUUAAAAAAAUUCCAGAAAAUGCACGAUUUGGAAAAAGUUCAAAAAUCUUUCAAGCUGCUCAGAAGCAAAUCCUGUUUCCUUCGUCAUCCCGUAACAGGGAACGGUGUCAUCAAAAAUAUUUUCCGCGUUCUUCAAAAAGCCGAAAAUCCGGACCAAUCAAUUGAAUUGAGACCAAAUGCAUGAAGUCCGUUUUUGGUGAAUAUUUGAGUAAACACUCAAUUGAAGGCACGCACUUUUGUUUAAUCAAAAUAUUGCAACGCAGCCGAAAUGAAAGACGACACAGCUGAACGGGAGCAAGUCAUCAAGCGCUUGAAAAUUGCGACUGCACUAUGCGCCCUKUUCAUGAUCGUCGAGAUUUCAGGCGGUYUACUUUCCGGAUCUCUUGCCAUCUUGAGUGAUGCGGCUCAUUUGUUUUCGGACAUGACAUCGUUCGCGGUGGCAAUUGCCGCUAGUUAUCUGGCUAGUCUACCGCCAACAGCAAGACAUACCUACGGUCUGAAGAGGACGGAGUCGUUAGCUGCGUUGUUUAGUAUGACCAGCCUUGCAUUUGUCAGCAUUGCAUUAGCUUACGAAGCUCUUCAGCGCCUGAUAAGCCCACCUGAGGAAGGGAUAGAUGGAAACUUGAUGACWCUCAUUGCAGGAUUUGGAGUUGUUAUCAACGUGAUUCUAGCCAUUGUUUUGGGAGAAAACCACGUUCAUCUUCCCGGAGGUAGGCUACGCUUCGUCUUUCGCUAAAGCAAUGGAUGCUCACUUCUUUUCGUUGGGGUUGYAUUGAUUGGUUCGAAACCAAUCAAUCGGUGAGAUACAAUGUAUUCUGAUGGUUUUCUUUCUACUAUUUCAUUUUUUAAAUAUGGACUACGAAAGGCGAUCAUGGUCACGAUCAUUCACAUGACCAUGRCGGCCACGGGGAUGAUCACGGACAUGAUCAUGGGCACAACCACCAAACCAURGAUCAUCACGACGYGCACGACCAURACCACCAUUGCCACGGCAAUAAGGAAAAAGAAAACACACAYGAUCACAAACAUGAMCAUCAUUUUCACGAUGACGAGGAAGAUGGUCAUGGCCAUGAGCAUGGACAUAAUCACGGGCACGACAACGAGACAAAACACGAAAAAUCUCCUCUCAUAGUCUCAAAAGGAGGACACGAUCAUGAAGGGGAUGACGAUCACCACAGUCACAAGGAGCACCAGCGCAAUGUGAACUUGCAUGCUGCCUAUUUGCAUGUCUUGGGUGAUUUGGCUCAAAGCUUCGCAGUCUUUUUCGGAGGUACGAAUUUUCACUCCUGCUGUACUCUAAUUUGUUUUAGGUUCCCGUUUUUCCAGGAUCGUAGAUUCGUGAGACAUUUCUAUUCCUGACACUUGGUAUCUCCGUUCACCCCUCUUAACGUAAUAAAUGACAUGUAUAUCAGGAGUUGUCAUUUGGUGGAAACCGGAGUGGCAUAUUAUUGAUCCUAUUUUGACACUCGGCUUCUGUGUUCUGGUUUYCUGGUCAACCAUUGGUGUAUUAAAAAGUUCCGUUGCCAUUUUGUUAGAAGAAACACCCCCAGGAAUUGAUUGGCGGGAGGUUUACAACGCCAUUUCGGCUGUGUCCAACGUAUACAACGUGCAUGUAAGUAGGCGGUGGUUUCACAAUGCUUAUUGCAUCGAUCAUACCACGACUGGCCUCAACUACACCACCAUAUUGGGCUUAAUUCAAUCUCAUAAGAUUUUCUUUGUGUCUGUUCACACUCAUCGGUUGUGCUCUUCACGGAUCAAUUCAUUUUCUCUAAGGACCUUCAUAUCUGGUGCAUAAGUCACGGCCAGAUUGCGCUCUCCGUCCAUUGUACUUCUACGGACGAAAAUGCUAUCAAGAACAUAAACAAGGCGUGCUUAAAGUUUGGGAUUAAGCACGCAACGAUYCAAGUAAACAGGGGGGAGUGCUCAACCUGCUACCCUCCCGACUGUUGCACAUCGAAGAUAGAUGAAUAAUUAUGAACUUUUSAAAAUGAAUGCGUUUCGAAUGAAUUAUCUUCGAGUGGAUGRUACUUAUUUUCGUUCUUGUAAAUCAAAUAAUAAMAAUCGCAACCA